ACGGAGGAGGACGGCAGCCAGGAGUUCUCCACCCGCAGCCGCUUCCUCUACUAUCUCUUCAGCCUGGGCACGGAGCUGGGCAACGAGCUGUUCUACAUUCUCUUCUUCCCCUUCUGCAUCUGGAACUUGGACGCCUGGCUGGGCCGGAGGCUGAUCAUCAUCUGGGUGUGGGUGAUGUACCUGGGGCAGUGCACCAAGGAUGUCAUCCGCUGGCCGCGGCCUGCCUCCCCGCCCGUGGUGAAGCUGGAGGUCUUCUACAACUCCGAGUACAGCAUGCCCUCCACCCACGCCAUGUCGGGCACCGCCAUCCCCCUGGCGCUCCUUCUGCUCAGCUACGGCCGCUGGCAGUAUCCCCUUAUGUUUGGACUGAUCCUUGCAUUCUGCUGGUGUUCUUUGGUUUGCUGUAGCCGAAUUUAUAUGGGAAUGCAUUCAAUUUUGGAUGUUAUUGCUGGAUUUCUGUAUGCUAUUCUCAUCUUGAUUGUCUUCCAUCCAGUUGUGGACCUGAUUGAUAACUUCAACUUAACUUACAAAUAUGCCCCCUUAAUUAUCAUCAGUCUCCAUUUAGCCCUGGGCAUCUUCUCUUUUACCCUAGACACGUGGAGCACAUCUCGAGGAGACACGGCUCAGAUACUGGGCUGUGGUGCUGGAGUAGCCUGUGGCUCUCAUGUUAACUACAUAAUGGGUCUAAAGCUAGAUCCUCCUCCCAAUACUUUACCUUUAUCUCUUUCCUCUCUCACUGUGACUGUGUUUGGAAAAGCCAUAUUGCGGUUGUUGAUUGGAGUAAUUGUUCUGUUGUUAACAAAAGUAGCGAUGAAAAAAGCCACUAUUCCACUGGCAUGUAAAAUAUUUCGCAUACCACAUGACGAUGUCCGGAAAGCAAGACAACGCAUGGAAGUUGAGCUUCCCUAUCGCUAUAUUACAUAUGGAAUGGUUGGGUUCUCCCUCAUGUUCAUUGUUCCUUGCCUCUUCCAUUUUAUUGGUCUGUCUUGA